AUGGUCAACCAGCAACAGACAGCAAUCAAGACUGAGAAUGUACAGCAAGCAGCACAAGAGUUUUGGUUGCAGUUUCAACAAUGGAAACAAGAUGUUCAAGAAUCGUUAUCUCAGUGUCCAUCAGGACUCUCUGAUGAGCUGGUUGCUGUCAAGUCCGAAAUUGCAAUACUGAGCAAGAGAGUGACGGACGCAACUCUCUUUCUUCCAUUGUAUGAUCAACGACAGUGUUCAUUACAACUCAAAGACCUCAAUGAUCAAGUCACUCGUAUUCAAGGCACCAGAGCCAAGUUCUCAUUCAAGUCUAGUAAAUCCAAACCAUCUACGAAUACUAAACUCACUGUUUCUGAACAUGUUGUUUCUGAUACUGCAUCAACCCUUCCAUUGCAUGGCCAAGUUUAUUCCAACAUCAAUGGCAAAACAUGUGUUGCUCAGACAUUACCCACGAGUGAACAAGAUCUUUAUGUAUCAAACAUUGUCAGUUCUGUACUUGAUCUACGCUGCAUAUCAGCAGGUGCUGUUCAUCUCAAAAACAUCACCAACAGCAUUGUCUUGUUUGGUCCCAUUCGAGGAUCUAUUCUCGUGGAGCAAUGCAUUCAGUCCACUGUUGCUGUAGUAUGUCGUCAAUGUCGUAUUCAUGAUUCUCAUCGCAGUAUAUUCCAUCUGCAUGUAGCAAGUCAUCCAAUUAUUGAAGAUUGUGAUGAGAUUGGAUUUACAUCGUUUGAACCUUUGUUGCUGACCAACUUUGAUGAAUCGUUAAAGACUGUUGGAUUGGUUGCAACUCGGAAUGAAUUCAACAAAGUUGAGGACUUUAACUGGCUUCGACAGCAAGCAUCUCCCAACUGGCGAUUAAUUGAUGAGCCAAAUGUAUUCAAGACAUGGACUGAUGUUUCCAAUGAUGAAACUGGGGAUCUGACAAAGUCACUGUUGAUGAAGUUUACUCCUCAAUAUUGA